UUGUAGCAUGUCCUAAUUCACCUUGGGGUGCGGAAAAUACCGAGUUUCCAUGUCCUCAAGAGGUGGACAGUAGAUGCCCGCGACAAUUUGCCACUACACCUCCUGCAUUACCAAAAGGAUCAAGGGCCUCCGAGGUUAUCCUCCUACAGGCAUACAUCACUACACCUGACCGCUCUCGAGUUUGUGCAGGUGGGGGAUAGCAACGUGGAUGCAUUCGACAGAGCAAUGGACAUACUGAUCGCAGGCAAGGAGGAAUUGACUGUUUUGGCAGCGAUCAAGGACGGCAAAAGUUUGGUGGACCAAACUCAAAUUGGGGAUUCAGCCAAUCCAACUCAGGAUAUGGGAGCAGGGGAAGCUGGCUCAAGCCUCUCACUGUCAAUGUUGCUGCCGGCCGAUAGGAAGAAGCAGAAGGGUAGGCCAACCACUGCUAGGAACAAGCCUGGAUAUGAGGUCAAGGACGCGCGGUCGAGGUUUUGUACAGUCUGUAGGGAGAAAGGGCACAAAAGCACGACGUGCCCCCGCAGGGGUGAUCUUCCGAAGAAACCUCGCAAAAUACCUACCUGCGGCAAUUGCGGUGUAGUUGGGCACAAGAAAACAAGUUGUUUCAAUCCAGUAUUGCCAUUCGUGAGAAGGCCUCGCGACGGGCCAGUUGAGUGAUGUUUGGAUCAACAUCUGGUGCAGUUGGUUGAAACUUAAACCUGAUCGGCCAAACUGAUGGUGUGAUCUGUUGCAGUUACCCAUAAUUUGAGUAGUUUGAUUUCCCGCGGUUAGGCAUAAAUUGUGACUGUGAUUUGUUUUUGCAAUGAGUGUUGUGUGGCGCUGUAAGGAAUGUAAUUGGAUUUUCAUGCUGAUAGACCUAGUUUGGCCGUGUGAUAUUGAUUUUCCAAUAAGUUAUGUCCUAACUGUUGUGG